AUGGGAAAAGCGGAUAUUCCACUCUCCCUCCACGAUAAGGUAGCUCUCGUUACGGGUGGCGGGUCUGGUAUUGGUUUCGCCGCGGCCCUUUCUUUGGCCCAGGCAGGAGCCAAGGUCGUGAUAGCGGACAUCAACGAGACUCGCGGGAAGGCUAGUACUCUGAAGAUCAGCCAACUGGCCCAUAAUGUCCACUUUGUCCCCGUUGGUGUGAGCCAGUCAGCUAGUGUGCGCGAAAUGAUCGAUACCACUGUGCGGGUCUACGGUCGUCUGGAUAUAGCAGUCAACAACGCUGGCAUUGGCCCAGACUCAGUGGCCAUCGCAAACCUGGAUGAAGGCAGCUGGGAUCGCUUGAUCGCUACCAAUCUCACUGGUGUGGCUCUUUGCUUGAAGUGGGAGUUGCAGCAGAUAAUCGCACAGGGUGGUGGUCAUCUGCAUGCACAUUGCGACCACACGAGGGCAUGGCAGCCUACGCCGCGACAAAGCACGGGAUCCUUGGCCUCACCCGGGUAGCUGCUUUGGAGAAUGGAAAACAUGGCAUCCGUGUCAACGCUCUGACCCCUGGAGGGAUAGAGACUGAGCUUACAUCAGCCUAUGUGAAAGACCCGCGGUUCACGGCAGAAAUGAAUGCUAGAACCAGUGUUUUUGGCCGAUUUGCUCAGCCCUGCGAAAUUGCCCAGGUGGUAGUGUGGCUAGCGUCAGAAUCCUCUUCAUACAUCACGGGAUCGCAAUACCAGUUGAUGGUGGCUUUGGGCUGGCCUGAUAACUGUGAAGACAGCUCUUGGUCUCAUGCUCUUGUGAAUUCAGUUGCAGAACCUACUGGCAGAAGUUGGGAUGACGGGUGA